GUCAGAGUGAAGAACCGAGGAAGAGACGCAAAAUUAGAGGAGGAAGCCAAAGCAUGAAAGCUGCUGGCCAAAGAAAGCGCCAUGGCCCAUCAUAUCCAGUGCAAUAAUAUAGCAUUCACAUGGAGACCCAAUUCUUCUCCCAACUCCAGUUCCAGUUCCAGCAACAACAACAACUUCAUCUUCCCUAAAACCACACUCACAAAACCAUCCCGCAAAUUCCCAUUCCACACCACCCAAACUAGUCUUUCCUCUCUCCAGCCCUCGCCAGCACAUUCAAAUGGCACAAGGUACACUACCCUUCCUGUUGAGACAUCCUAUGAGCACCAGAAGAUCAGGGACUUGCUUGAAAAGCUCGGCAAGAAGAACGCAUGCCCUUUGCUAAUACUCACAGACGAUGGAGAUUGGACUAAAGACCAGUUCUGGGCUGUCGUCAGAUUCCUCAAACGUGCCUCUAGGUCCCAUGAAAUUCUUCAGGUAUUCGAUACGUGGAAGAACAAAGAGAAAUCGCGGAUUAAUGAAUUCUACUAUGAGAAAAUAAUAGGGCUGUUAGGUGAAGAGGGUGCGAUCGAAGAAGCAGUGACGUUGUUUCUGGAGAUGAACAGUCACGGCCUUGGGCCUUCUUUGGGAACUUACAAUUCAAUAAUUCAUUGUUUUGCGGAAAAAGGGAACUUUGAUGAUGCUUUGUUUUACCUUAAUGAGAUGAAAAAGGCUAAUUUGGCACCAGAAACUGAUACCUACGACGGGUUAAUUCAAGCUUAUGGGAGAUAUAAAAUGUAUGAUGAAAUGGGUAUGUGUGUGAAGAAGAUGGAAUUGGAUGGAUGUUCACCUGACCACAUUACUUAUAAUUUGCUUAUUCGAGAGUUUUCGCAAGCUGGGCUACUCACAAGAAUGGAAAGAUUAUCUCAAAAAAUGCUUUCAAAAAAGAUGGAUUUGCAGUCCUCUACAUUGGUUGCAAUGCUUGAGGCCUAUGCUAGAUUUGGGAUCUUGGGAAAGAUGGAAAAGGUUUAUAGAAGAGUUUUGAACUCAAAAACCCCUUUAAAGGAUGAUCUGAUAAGGAAAUUGGCCAGGGUUUACAUUGGGAACCAUAUGUUUUCAAGAUUAGAUUACUUGGGACUCGACGUUUCAUCGACUGCCGGUGCAACUGAUCUUGUUUGGUGUCUGCGUCUCCUUUCUCGUGCUUGUCUUUUGAGCCGAAAAGGUAUGGACUGUAUUGUUCAGGAGAUGGAAGAAGCAAACUUUUCUUGGGAUGUAACAGUUGCAAACAUUAUCAUGCUAGCUUAUUUGAAAAUUAAAGAUUUCACGCAUUUGAGAGCCUUCCUUUCCCAAUUACCAUCCCAUCAUGAACCUGAUAUAGUAACUGUUGGAAUUCUAUUUGAUGCCAUUAGGAUUGACUUUGAUGGAACCGUGGCUUUAGAAACAUGGAGAAGGAUGGGCGAUCUUGACAGACCUGUGGAAAUGAACACUGAUCCUCUGGUUCUCACUGCAUUUGGGAAGGGGCAUUUCCUUACAACCUGCGAAGAGGUCUACUGUUCCCUUGAACCUCAAGCUAGAGAAAAGAGAGCAUGGACUUACCAUACACUCAUUGAUUUAGUCUUAAAAUACGAGGGAAGGAAUUCUCAGUUGAAUGAAGUCAAGGUAAGCUAGCUCAUCAAAGAUACCUUUAUUAGAAUUGCUAUAGUUGUUGCUGUAUCCGACCUGAAAGUGGCUUGCUUUUUGUAUGAUAAAUUGAUAGAUCUUCUCAUUGAUGGACCCGUAUAAUUUACUGUUAGUUGUAUCAUUUGGUACCUGAGAAAGGUUUAUAGUGGAUUAGUUCUUUUCUUCA